AUGAACGUUUGUAAAAUGAAAGUUCAACAGAAAAAGAAUUUGAAAGAUUGUAAUUUAAAAAGUAAGAAUACAAUAUUGACAAAUUAUGAAAAGAAAAAAAUUGAGAAUGAUGAGAAGGAUUCAUUAAAAUUCUCUAAAUUAAGUGAUAAUAAAAAUAAAGUUGUUAAUAGUAAAUUCUUAAAAAAUGAUAAUUACAAACUGAAUGAAAGGAAAGAAAGUUUAACAAGAUGUAGUACAAACGAAUCGUUAAAAUUAAAGAAUAUUAAAACAACAACAAAAGAUAAUAAUAAUAAUAAUGAUAAUGAUAAUAUUGAUAAUAUUGGUAAUUGCAAAUUAAUAUUUAAAAAAAAUGAUAAAGAUAUAGAAUCAACAGUAAGAGAAGAAGAUGGCAAAAAAAUUGAGAAAAAAACGAAUGAUUUUAUAAAUAAUAAAAAUGAAUAUAGAGUAAACAACAAGUCAAUAUUAAAAAGUAAAGACAGCAAAAGUAAUAAUAAUAAUAAUGAUAAUAAUGAUAAUAAUAAUAAUAAUAUUUAUAAUAAUAUUAAUAUUUGUAAAUUAAAAACUAUCGAUGAUAAAAAUAAAAAACAACAAACAGAUACUUAUUCUCAAAAAGAGAAUGUGGAAGAUACUUCAAACAAUAUGAAGAAAAAUUCUUCGUUAAAAAAUAUUAAAAAGAAUCAAUUGAAUGAAAAGGAAAUUAUUUCAAAUACUGUGGAAGAAAAAAAAAAUAAUACUCAUAGUAAAGGGGAUAAAGAAAAUAAUAUGGUAGUUACAAAAAAUGUAAAGAAAAUGAAUUCGGUAUCAAAAGAUAUAAAUAAUAAAAAUAAUAAUUCAAAGAAAGAUGUUUUAAAAAGUAAAAAAAGUGAGAAAUUAAAAGAUAAAUUAAUUAAUAAUGUGAGCGGGAAAAAAAGUGUGAAUAAAGAAAAUGAAAUUAUCCAAUCUAGUAGUGGUAGAAGAAGUAGUAGUAGAUAUUCAAUUGAUUAUGGUCGACGAGAAAGUUCAAGAAGAGGUUCAAUUAAGGAAGAGAAAGGCAAAGAAAGGAGAGGAAGUAAAAAUGUGUCUAAGAAGGUGUCUAAAUCGAAAUAUACAAGAAAGAAAUCGAAAAGAAUUAAUGAUGAGUCUGACGAGUCGGAUGAUGAUGAUGAUGAUGAUGAAGAAGAAGAUGAUGAGGAGGAGGAAGAGGAAGAAGAAGAGGAAGAAGAAGAAGAAGAAGAAGACGAAGAAGAGGACGAAGAAGACAACGAAGAAGAGGACGAAGAAGACAACGGAGAAGACAACGAUGAUAAUGACGAUGAUGACAAUAGUGACAAUAGUGACAAUAGUGACAAUAAUGAUGAAGAAAGCGAUGAUGUAUACACUAAUAGAAGUAGAAGAAGUACAAGGUGUAGCAUAGUCAAAAGAAAAUCAGUUAGAUCUAUAGGAAAAAGGGAGAGCAAAAUAAUAAAAAAAAGUACGAGUAAAACAAAAAAUAAUAAGAAGAAAAAGGGAAGUGUAAUUAAGUUAGUGAAGAAAAAAGGAAAGUUGAGCAAAAAAGAAAUAUUAAAGAAAAAGAAGAAGAAGAAGACCAAAGGUAAAUUAAAAAAGAAUUCUAAAGUAUAUCAAAAAAAAAAGAAUAUAAAAAAUGAAAAAAAUGAUAUGGAUGAAGAAGAAUUAGAAGAAGAAUUGGAAGAAGAAGAAGUAGAGCCUUCAUAUUUUGAUGAAUAUAAUCUUUCUAUAGAAGAAAGGAAAAAAGAUUUAGAAGAGAAAGAGAAAAAAAGAGAAAUAAAAGAGAAUUAUAUAAAACAAAUAAAAUUGCCAAAGUAUGCAGAUGAUGAGUCCAUUAUAUUUAUAAAUAAUCCUAAUUAUGUGAUGGUUUUAUUAUUUUUAACAGUAUAUAAAGAUGUAUUAAAAAUGAAUUGGAAUUUUAAAGAUAUUGAAGAAAUGUUUCAGAAUAAAGAGACCACUGAGUUUGGUCGAAAUUUUAUAUUAAAGUUAUUUUUUUUCUUAGGAAGAUAUUUUAAUUCAAAAUCUAUAUUCAUGUAUAAAUAUAUAUCUAGAAUAUUUGAAGAUAAAGAAGAGAGCUUAUCAAGGGUUGUGAAUUUCCAUGAAUUAUUUCCUAUUCUUGAAAUGAAGAAGGAGAUGAAGAAUAGUGGUGUAGGUUCCAAAAGAAAGAAGGAUAAGAGGGGGAAAAAAAUGAAAAUGCAUCAAAAGGAGGAUGAGUUGUUAUAUGAUGAGGAGGCUAUAGGAAAUGAAGAUGUGAAUAUAUUUGAGGAGGAGGAAGAGGAAGAUGACGAUGAGGAAGAGAAUGAACAUUUUAAUGAUGAUGAAGAAGAAGAGGAAGAGGAGAAUGAUGGAAAUUAUAAUGAUGAUGAAAAAGAACAUGGAAGUUAUAAUGAUGAGGAUGAAGAAGAGAAAAAAAGUGCUUGUAAUAAUGACAGUACAAAAAAUACUGUUAUUAAGGAAGAAAAAGAUGGAUUAAAUAUAUCAGAGAGUAGUCAUAAUAAAGUAAAUAUAAAAAAUGAUAAUAUGAAGAGAGAAGAAAGUUGUCCAAAUGGUUCUAAUGGUCCAAAUGAAAAGGUUAAAGAUUUUCAUAUAAAUGAUAAUAUAAAUGAUGAACAUAAUAAUAAUAAUAAUCAAGUUGAUGAUAUCAAAAACAAUAUAGAGAAUGAAGUAAAUAACACUGUGGAAACAUCAAAAGAUAUAAAUAAUAAUGAAGGUAUUAUAAAGAGUGAGAAUGUAGAUGAUGAGAAAGGAUUAAGUAAUAAAUUAUUUUUAGAAUGGGAUGACUUAAGUGUUACUUCAAAAUUAAGAAUCAUUCGUAUGUUAUUAAAUUUAGUUCUAUGUGAAAGUACUAAUUUAAAGAAGAUGUUAGGUGAUGAGAAAUUAAAUUAUAAUAAUGGUUAUUUAGGUAAGGUAAAAAAUGAGAAGUAUUGGUUUAUUUUUAAUGAUACAAUAAAUAUAGAAUAUAAAUUAUAUUUAGAAAGAGAAGAAGAGGGUUCUUUUAUUUUUAUAUGUGAUGAUGAUGAUAUGUUAUAUACUAUAGGUUAUAACUUUUUAAGAAAUAGUGACACUAAAUUUAUGGGUGAGGCUUUAAUUGAAAGAUAUAAUAAAGUAUGUAGAGAAAGAAGAAAUCGAAGUCGAAUGUUGAAACAACAGAAGAAAUUAUUAUGUGCUGAUAUUAAUAUGAAUGAUCCAUUAUUUGGAACAAAAAAGAGACAGACGAAACAGGUUGAAUAUUUUAAUUUUGAUAAUAAUGAAAAGAUGAGAAGGAAAAAAAGUGAUAUUAGUAAUAAUCCAUAUUCAGUACCACCUACAAAGUCUUAUCAGAAGAAUGAUAGAUCAUUUAGAUUGGCAGCACGAAAUGCUCAAAAAGGAAGUGUGGAUGAUUUAGAGGCAUGGAAAUUGAAUGAGGGUUUAAUGGGUGUAGACAAUCAGGGAUCUAUAUCUGGAAAUUAUAAUAUAGGAUAUGAUGUUAAUAAUAUGGUCGAUACAAGCAAUAGAAAUGACAAUAUCAAUAAUAAUAAUAAUACAAAUGUGUUGGUUGGUGCAGAUGGAAAUAAUAUUUAUGGUGUUAAUAAUAACAAUGUUGUCGGAUCAGAUGGAAACAAUAUCAUCAACAAUAAUAAUAUUAAUAAUAAUAAUAAUAAUAAUAAUUUGGGAACUGUUAAAAUACCAUUAAAAAGAGGAAGGAAAAAAAAAUCUGAAAAAAAAAAGAGAGGUAGGAAAAAGAAAAUUCUCUCUUUAGAUGGUAUAGGUGAUUUAACAAAUAAUUUAUCUGGUGUAGGUGUUGAUGAGAAUAGAAGAAAAACUAUAGGGGCUCCAGGUAGAGUUAAGAGAGGUACAUAUACAAAAAGAAAUACAAAGCCAUCUAUAUCUAUAAAAUAUGGAACAAGAAGUAAUUCUAUAAAUAAAUAUGAAAAUGAUGUGAUGUCAUUUAAUGAUUAUACUUUAAAUCCUGGAUUAAGUAUGGAUGAAUUUUAUAAAAAUAUGAUUAUGGAUCCCAAAUUUUUUCAUGCGAAUAUGAGUAUGAAUAAUUAUAUGAAUGGAGGUUUUAAUAUUCCAAAUAAUAAUAAUAAUACUAAUAAUACUAAUAAUAAUAAUAAUAAUAAUAAUAUUUCUUUGAUGAAUAUGAGGAAUGGUAGUAAGAUGGGUGGUGCUAUGAAUAAUUUAGGAGGUUAUAAUUUCCCUUAUAUGUGUACACCCCCACCUAUGUUUAAUCAAUAUUAUAUGUAUAAUGGAAGUAAUAUGUAUUUACCAACUAGUGGUACUAAUAAUAAUAUGAAUAUUAGUAAUACAAAUAAUGGUUCUGCAGCUGUUGUUGGAAAUGUUUUAUCUAAUCAAAAUAGUGUGAAGGACAUGAAGGGUGAAAAUAUAUUAAUGUCUAAAAAUAAUAUAAUGGAAAACAGAAAUUCUGUAUUAUUAAAUAGUAUGAAUAAUAUAAAUAUGAAUAAUAUGGCUCAUAAGAAUAGUUUGAUUGGAAAUGAUGGUAUUAAUAUGAUGAAUAAUAAUAAUAAUAGUAAUAAUAAUAAUGUGAAUAAUGUGAAUAAUGUGAAUAAUGUGAAUUUUAUGGAUAACAUUGGAAAUAACAACAACAAUAAUAAUAGUAAUAAUAAUAAUAAUAAUAAUAGUAAUAAUAAUAAUAAUAAUAGUAGUAAUAAUAAUAGUAAUAAUAAUCCUAUGAAUAAAUUCAACAAUUAUAUGAUGAAUAGAAACGUCCUAAAUAAUAUGGGAGGCACGAACCCAAUGUAUAACCAUAUGUAUAAUAUGAAAUUCCCUUAUAUGAAUAAUGAAAUGAUGAAUUAUAAUUAUAAUAUAAAUUCAUUUCAAAAUAUGAACUAUGAUAAAAUAAAUAAAAGUAUGUUUAAGAGAUAUCCUAAUUUUAUGAGUGGUUAUCCUUAUAAUAAUAUGAAUCCAUAUAACAAUUUUAAUGCUUUCAAUAUGAAUUACCAACAAAAUGAACAACUGAAUCAAUUAUCUAACAUGCAAGGAGCAUAUAAAGGUAAACUAAUGAAUGAUAAUUUAUCCAGUUUUCAAUUAUAUAAUAAUAAUAAUAAUACGAAGCAAAAUAAUAAUGAUAAUAAUAAUAUCGAAGGUGGUAAUAAUAAUAUUGAUGAUGGUAAUAAAAAUAAUGAUAUUAAUAAAAAUGAUAUUAUAGAUAAUAGCAAACAUAAUGAGCAACCUGUUGGGGGAAUAGCUCCUAAUAAUGAUUGUAUAAAUAGAGGAGAGGAUAAUCAGAAAAUGGAUUUAAAAGGUGACACUGUAGAAGCAUUAGUAGGAAAUAAUAAUGAUAAAAUGAAUAAUAGUGAUAACAAUUUGAAUUCUUUAAAAAAUUUAGGAAAUAUAAAUAGUCCAUAUAAUAUGGAUAACAUAUCACAAAUGAGAAAUUCUGUAGGUGGAUCAUCUAUGGGUAUGAUAAAUCCUGGUCAUAUGAAUAGUUCACAUGGUGGAAGUAUAAUGAAUAAGGAUAAAUUGAGAGACCUCCAAAUGAAUAAUAAUAAUAAUAGUAAUCAUAAUAGUAAUAAUAAUAAUAAUAAUAAUAAUAGUAAUAAUAAUAGUAAUUAUUUAAAGGCUAAUCCUUUAGAUCAUCCUAUGAAAAAUAUGAAUAAUAAUUCAAUGGAUGAUAAAUAUACAAAAGAUAAUAAUAAUAAUAAUAAUAUGAUGAUGAUGAUGAUGAAUAGUGUUUACAAUAUAAUGGGAACAGAUAAUUUCCAUAUGAAUAAUAGUCAUAUGAUGGAUCCUAUGGGUGCAUCUAAAAUGAAUGAAAAUAUAUAUAACCAUAAUAAUAAUAUAAAUUUUGAAAACAAUACCAAUCAGAACAAUAAUAAUAAUAAUAGGAUACAGGAUAAACUUCCAGAAUGA